AUGGAUAGCGAUGAUGAUGACGAUAAUUGGGAAGAGCCAAUGGGUGAUGGCCAAGACGUCAUGUGUCUGUUUUGCGAUAGUUCCUUCCAAACCACAUGUGCAUUGUGGGAACAUUGCAAAGUGACACAUCAAUUUGAUAUCACCCAUGUCAAGCAAAAAUUUAGUAAGUCCAAAUUAACAGACAGUGUUUGCUUGUUAUGUUUCUGUAAAAAAUAACCAUAAAUUUGUCCAUAAUAUACCUUUGAAAAUGAAAACGAAUUUUUUCUUCUUUCAUUUAUAAUUUUUUUACUAUAGGAUUGGAUUUUUAUGGUUACAUUAGGAUGAUCAAUUUUAUAAGGGCUGAG